AUGCCGCCUGAAAUACCUGGUUUUUAUUUCGAUAGUGAAAGGGGGAGGUACUUCAAGGUUGCGAGUGCAAGAGAACGUCCAACUGAGACGUACUAUCACGAGCAGGAAAUCAAAAAACGAAAACACAAUGAAAGGAAGAAGGCCCAUGGUAAAGAUUUAAGUCAAAGACGCCGAGAAACAUAUGAUAAGUAUUUGUUUCAGCUAGCAGAUCCAUUUGAGAUGGCAUUCUGUGAUCGAAACCCAAUGGAAUUUCUUGCAGGGAUGACAAUCGAAGAAAAUUUACUCAAAAAUACGGAUAUGUAUAACAGUAACGUAGACAGCUCAUUUGGAUUGCAACCAGAAAACCACGAAAUAACUAAAAGCCUUAUUUGUGGAGAUUGUUCAUCGGACAGCGCUUCCAUAGUCUUUUCUACUUCCAAAAAGAUAGUACGAUUUCGGAAAAGUACAUCUGCCACAAAUGCUGGGGCAUCGACGGAUGAGGUCUUGCUAAACUUAAAUGAUUUCGAUAACAAGCUGGAGAACACCGAUGACAUUAGAUAUGAUACGAUAAGAUUAGAAGGCAGCAAAUUUUCACCGAAAGGUUUAUACUUUCAUGCACAAAGAAGAGAUACAAACACUCAUGUAUUUGCCCUAUUAUUUGAAAAUCCUGUCCACAAUAAAAUAAAGUUCUUAAAUUUUAAAAAACGUGAAUACGUCCAUGAUUCUGUCUGUUUAGGUUUAGGAUUUACGGUGGCCGUUGGAGCGGGAUUGAAAUCAUUCGAGUGGGUCGGCAACAACGUGAAAAUAUCUGAAUUCAAUAGCAAAUUGACUCCUGACAAUAAAUCUGAUAUAUUGACUCUUUCAUUGGGGAAGGAACAUGAUAUUCCCAACAGACUAUAUGCCGGAUAUCGAGAUGGCUCUAUUGUUGUUUUACCGAUAGGACGAGAUUGCAAAUUCCAAUAUGAUCACUUGUCAUACUACAGACUCAAAAAAAUACGAAUGAUUCUGAGUAUCAAAUGUACCGAUAUACCUGGACUAAUAUUUGCAUCUGCUGUCCUGGAGGGUUGUCAGUCCAUUCUCAUGCUCGAUAUGAUGUCGCCUUCAAGGGAGUGUGACAUAGUUGUGUUAAAAACAUCUUUUUUGAAUCUAACAAAGGAACAAGAGUUUUUUGAUGUUACACCAGAUGGGCAUUUUGUUCUAUAUGGUUCUUCAAGUGCAAGGGAGGGGAAGGGUAGUUUUGAGUUAUUUAGUUCGCACUUCAAAGACAAUCUGAUCUUCGAGAAGCAACAAAGAAAAGGCUCUUUUCAGUUGAUUUAUUUUCCAAUAAAAUCUUCAGAAAAAGAGAAAAUUGCAGGUUUAGAUCUUGCAAACAAAAAAAUACGUUGCACAUCAUUUGGAAAUGCUCGAUCCACAGGGAAGAUUAGCAAUUUAACUGACUUCUGUGAUAAAGAGGAGCAAUUCGCAGAACAAUUCACUGAGACCCAUUAUAAAGGUUCUACUCAUCGUUUAGUUCUCAUUCUGGAGGAUACCACACAGCCAUCCGAGUUUUAUUUGCCCCCGAUGACACUCGUAUCGGCAGAUAUUAUGUAA